AUGCGCAACCUGCUAGAGGACCCGGCAGAGGCCGCCCUGCUGGCCGCAUUCCUGCUUGAGCGCCAGGCCAAGACGCGCAUUGCUCUCUAUGCCAAGAACCCAGAGUCGCUGCUGGUGCCCGAGAGGCUGGCUGCACUGCGUUUCGCCCCAGUCAUCUCGCUGGAGUGCAGUGUCAUCCACACGCCCAUGCCGUCAGACUUCCUGUCCGGCUACUCGCGCUUAGUGACGCUUACACUUACAGUGGAGACCAUCGAAGGCGACUUUCAGGCCCUGUCGCAGCUGUCGCAGCUGGAGCGUUUGCAGCUGCAAGCUGGCCUGUCGCAGCUGCCGGAUGGGCUGUCGCAGCUGACACUCCUGAACCUGUCCUUCAAUCUUCCUGAACAUCCGAUGCGCGGCUGGCAGCACCUGGCACCUCUGACACUUCUGAGGGAGCUUCACGCGCGCCAUUGCCGCCUGAGCCAGGUGCCGGCUGCCCUGUCACGGCUGACAUUGGUGUCCGUCUUGGAUUUCGCCGAUAACGAGAUAGCGGAAGGCUGGCAGCACCUGGCAGCCAUGGAGCGGCUGCCGCAGCUGCACCUACAAGGCUGUCCCAUGCUGGAGGAGCUCACGCUGCGGGCGCGGCGGCAGCUCCCUGACGUGCUGGAGCAGCUGACAGCUGUCAGCUCGCUGGAGAUCUAUGGCCUUGGCACCAUACUGGAGAGCGGGUGGCAGCACCUGGCGCCCCUAACAUGCUUGCAGCACCUUUUCCUCCACAGGUGCCUGGAUCUGGAGCUGCCGGCGGUGCUGUCGCGCCUGACAACAAUCACCAGCCUGUCCAUCGGUGACGCCCCUGAAUUGUACGAUGGCUGGGAGCACCUGCCGCAAGCCUCCCUACAGCGUCUUUGUUUAGAGGAAGUCUCUGGAGCAGACGAAGUUCCCGGUUCGUUCUCUCGCCUGACGGCCCUCACCAACCUGGCGGUCCGUGGCUGGGAUUUUGACGGCGGCGGCAUGCACCACCUCUGGCCCCUCCAGCGGCUGCUGCACUUGGAAUUGGUGGAAUGCGGGCUGACAGAGGUGCCACGGGAGCUGGCGCGGUUGUCGGGGCUCACCAGCCUGGACCUUUCUGAAAACGAGUUUGAAGGCAGCUGGCAGCACCUGCUGCCCCUGGCACAUCUUCGCAACCUGACCUUGACAGGAUUCGCUCCUCCACAAGUGGAAGCUCUGCAGCAGCGGCGAGGCCUGAACCUAAUUAUUGAAAGGGAGGAGGAGGCGGAGCAUGAGACGGAGGAGGAGUCCUCCUCCUCGGAGGAAGAUGAGGGUGGAGGGGGCCCCUUGAUGUGA